AUGAGUACUGAUUCAUAUUAAUACAAACCUCAUGUCAUUAAUGUUUCUUAUACAGAAAUAUCACCUGACAUUCCAGAAUUCUUUACACAUAAAAGGCAUGUAUUUAUUAUGACAAAUACAGGAAGACCCAUAUAUGUUAGAUAUGGUAAUGAAAUAAAGGUAUUUAUUAAUUAUAAAAUAUCAAAAGUCUUCAAUAUUUUUAGCAACCAUUAAUGCAAUCUUUUAAAAGUUUCUUUUAUUCUUUUUUGAAGAUAAAGAAAAAUAAACCUUAUUUAAGAUUUCACAUCAUAAAUGCAAUAUUUACAUUCUACAAAGAAAUUAAAUCACUUAUAUAUGUUCAACAAGUUCUCUCUAAGUAUACACACUAGUUUAUGAUAGGAUUCUGAAUUCAUCAUUUAUUAAAUGUUGGAUUUUCUUAAUACAUAAUUGAUAUCCAUUGUAACAGAUUAAGCCAAUAUUCAUUUAUCACAAAAACCUAAUUACGAUCUAGCAUUUUCUGUAGGAGGAUCCAGAAAUCUAUUAACUCUAGCUGUUAAAAAUGGAUUAUAUUCUCCCUGUAUAGCAUUUAAUUCAAUCUGCACUUUGCCUAUGACUGUCUCAUUGAGAUAAUUUAUUCAUAAUAAUCUAAAAGAAAUCAAAUUACCUAAUAUAAUAGCAUCUUUGUUAUUGACUGAAACUUUUGUAAUCGAUAUAUGUAGAUAAAAGAAUAUGGAAUUUAAGACAUCUGAUAUUUUGAUUAUAUAAAGUAUGAUAUAAGGAUAAGGUUAAUUGAAGAAAGGUGAAAAUUGGAUACCUAUAUGUUUACCAGGUUUAUCAGCAAUGGGAUUUGUUUAUGCUUACAUAUAUUUCUUUUAUUAAAAUAUAAUUGGGAUUGUAAUGAUUUCUGAUGAUAAUUCUUUGGAUAUGUUCACAAAAUGUAAAGAAGCAGCUUAAGUAUUAAUUUAGAAAUUCAAUUCAAAUAAUCUAUAAUAAACUCUAUCUUCAUGUCUUUAAAAUAAUCCAAAUACUCCAAAAUGUAUAGAUAAAUAACUUCAAAUAAAACAUUUCAUUGUAAAACACAUUUAAGGAUAAGUAUACCUUCCUGUAUUUUAAGCAUUUGGAAUAAAUAAUAAGAAUUUUAAGUUUUAUAUGCAAUAAUAUGGAGAAUUAUAUAAAGAUUUUAUCAUAGCUUAAUCACUUGGUAAUUAAGAUACUAAAUAAAAUUAUUUUGUAUGGGAUUCUAAAGGUUUUGGUAUAACAUAAUACCAUGAUGUAGUUGUAAGAAUAUUAAAAUUAUAAUAAGAUAAUGUUUUGUUUUAAUGA